GGCGGCGCGGCGGUGCACAUCUCCGCCGCCGGCGCUGCCAAGGCCACCCUCUACUGCCGCGUCUUCCUGCUCGACGGGACCGAAGUGAGCGUGGACCUGCCGAAACAUGCCAAAGGCCAGGAUUUGUUUGAUCAGAUCGUGUACCACUUGGACCUUGUGGAAACAGAUUACUUUGGCCUCCAGUUCCUUGACUCUGCCCAGGUCACGCACUGGCUGGAUCAUUCCAAACCCAUAAAAAAACAGAUGAAAAUUGGACCUGCUUAUGCUUUGCACUUUCGAGUUAAAUAUUAUUCUUCAGAACCGAACAACCUUCGUGAAGAGUUUACAAGGUACCUGUUUGUUUUACAACUCAGGCAUGACAUUCUUUCAGGAAAAUUGAAAUGCCCAUAUGAAACAGCUGUGGAAUUAGCUGCUCUCUGUCUACAAGCGGAGCUUGGGGAGUGUGAGCUUCCAGAACACACACCAGAGCUUGUGUCUGAGUUUCGGUUCAUUCCAAAUCAGACAGAAGCGAUGGAAUUUGAUAUCUUCCAGAGAUGGAAUGAGUGCAGGGGAAAGAGCCCUGCCCAGGCGGAACUCUCCUAUCUGAAUAAAGCGAAGUGGCUGGAAAUGUAUGGGGUAGACAUGCACGUUGUCAGGGGAAGAGAUGGCUGUGAAUAUUCUCUUGGACUGACCCCGACAGGCAUAUUAAUCUUUGAAGGAGCUAACAAAAUAGGCUUAUUCUUUUGGCCUAAAAUUACCAAAAUGGAUUUUAAGAAGAGCAAACUGACACUGGUGGUGGUGGAGGAUGACGACCAGGGCCGGGAGCAGGAGCACACGUUCGUCUUCCGGCUGGACAGCGCCAGGACCUGCAAGCACCUCUGGAAGUGCGCCGUGGAGCAUCACGCGUUCUUCCGCCUGCGGACGCCGGGAAACAGCAAAUCCAAUAGGUCCGACUUUAUCAGGCUGGGGUCUCGCUUCAGAUUCAGUGGGCGGACGGAAUAUCAAGCUACCCACGGCGCCCGGUUACGAAGAACCAGCACCUUUGAGAGGAAGCCUAGUAAACGCUAUCCAUCCCGGAGGCAUUCGACAUUCAAAGCGAGCAACCCAGUGAUAGCAGCUCAGCUCUGCUCUAAAACAAAUCCUGAAGUCCAUACUUACCAGCCUCAGUAUCUUCCCAAUAUCCACCCCAGCCAGCCCCGGUGGCACCCUCACUCUCCGAAUGUAAGCUACCCGCUCCCUUCCCCAGGGCUCAGCAGCUCAGACCGGCUGCCUUUUGGCAUCGAGGAGAAUGGGGGCACGCCGUUCGCUACCAAAGCUUCGGGAAGGCACCACCACCACCACCACCAGCACCAGCAUCACCCAAACUAUGGCCUCUCGCUGACCUUGGAGAGCAAGGAGGGGCCUUUGAGGUCCCCAAACUCUAGCAGUAAAUCCAUUACAAAGCUGAGUCCAGGAGCACCUGCUCUGUUCAGCGAGGCUGCUGCCCAUCUAAAGAAGCUGGAACUGGAAACUGUGAAGGCUGCUGGACCCUGGCCUGCUCUGCACAUCAACAUAAAUAAGGCUGAAGAAAAAAAAGUUUCCGAGAAGACUCUUCAGAACCCUCUCUUGCCUUCCCCUGUGGCCGAUCACGUGAAGUGUAACAUUUUGAAAGCCCAGUUGGAGAAUGCUUCUCGAGUGAGUGCCCAGAUUGGAAAAGAGGAAUCAGCGUUUGUAAAUAUCAAUAAGAAAUCCAGUCUUCAGGACACUAAUGUAAGAAGUCCUAUUCCUAUUCGUGUGGAAACGACCCAACCAGCAGUGGAAAAGCCUGAAAUCAAGCCUCCCCGAGUGAGGAAGUUAACAAGACAAUACAGUUUUGAUGAAGACGACCUCCCUCCAGACCUGGCCGAGGCAGUAGGCGUGUCCACCACAACCACCACCAACAGCUCCACAGCCGCCACCACGCCAGUCUCGGUGCCACUGGUGUCCCCCAAGAUCCACAAAAUCAGCUCGCCUCAGAAUUCAGAAGGCAAGAGCCAGCUGUCCCCAGGGGCCAAGAGUCCCUCUGACCGAGGAGGUGCCUUUACCUUGGAGCCGGGCGAUCUCCUGAUGGAUUUCACAGAAGCCACUCCUCUGAUAAAAACAUUCCCGGCUGAUACAGUGACUCCAUUUCCUGAUCCUUUCAUUACAGGGCCCCAGUUUACUGCAGACUUUAGAGACAGCAAAUUACAGUGCGGUCCUGGCCAGCCUUCCCCACUGAUUCCAGCAGCGUCCCCGAGGCCUUUGACAGAGACCAUCUCCACAGUGCAGACCAUCUACACCACCCGGAAGCCUGUUUCUCUGGCAGCCAGUGCAGAGACGCUCCGGCAAGAACUGGAGAGAGAGAAAAUGAUGAAAAGACUGUUGAUGACCGAACUGUGAAAUUCUUCCCUUGU